AUACUGUAUUCAAAAGAGAGAGAACACAGAAUGUAGCUUGAUAGACAGAGAGAGAUACGGAGAGAGAGGAAGAGAGACAUAGAGAUAGAGAUAGAGAGGGAUAUAUAUAGAGAGAGAUAGAGAGGAGACUGUCAGAUCGGUAGUUGGCCUGUGACGCGCAGAGCGUGGCCGCGAUGAAGCCCCCAUAUUGGAGCCGCGCAGAGCAAAGCGCGACAGACAGCGAGCGAAAGAGCGCAGGAACUGACUGUGUUCCGUCGUUGCCAUAGUGAAAACGUGGAUUCAUCACGACCAUGAUGCUCUGAUCAGUACGUGGAGUGGGGUUUCUCCAGAACAUGCACGGUGGUCAAGUUGAGGUAAUGACCAGCCCCUUGUCCUGUCUGUUACCCGUUACCAUGGAGACCACCGCUUCACCAUAGAGGAGGAUAUUCCUCAACCAAUCAGAGUGGAGUCCAGUUUCGACCAGAAGGAGUCUAAAGUAUUUCCCAACAUACACGGCUUCUCUCUGGCACUCCUUAUUGGUAACGUGGCAACGGCCAGUCCUUGACUUCCACAGCAGGAGGAGGAAGUCCACAUUUGUAUUAUUUUUGGCUUGCCACCACUCUUCACAAUGGAGAGGAACUUUACUCUCAUGAAGCAUAGUAGUUCUUGACCAAACUGGACAUCAUCAGGACACAUCAUCAAGACAUUUUCUCUGUUAACAAAUUAACCAAUAAGAUGAUCUGGAUCAUCCUGGCCCUGCCUGUAUGGGGGUGGCGUGGGACUGUUGGCGAUGCCCAGUCUAACGAGCGGCGAGUCGUUGCACACAUCCCCGGUGACAUCAUCAUAGGAGCCCUGUUCUCUGUCCAUCACCAGCCGACAGCGGACAAGGUACACGAACGUAAAUGCGGCUCGGUGCGCGAGCAGUACGGUAUCCAGCGUGUUGAGGCCAUGCUGCACACUCUAGACCGUAUCAACGCUGACCCCCGUAUCCUCCCCAACAUCAGCCUGGGCUGUGAGAUAAGAGACUCCUGCUGGCACUCUGCUGUGGCCCUGGAGCAGAGCAUUGAGUUCAUACGAGACUCCCUGGUGUCCUCGGACGAGGCCGAGGUGGGGGGAGGCAGUGUGUGGGGGGGCGGCGGGGGAGGAGCCGACGGGAGGGGAGGGCCGAGGUGUGCGGACCCCGCUGCAACCCCCAUGCGGGGGAAGAAGCCCAUCGUCGGGCUGAUAGGACCAGGCUCCAGCUCUGUGGCCAUCCAGGUCCAGAACCUCCUACAGCUCUUCAACAUACCCCAGAUCGCCUACUCUGCUACCAGCAUGGACCUCAGUGACAAAAGUUUGUAUAAGUACUUUAUGAGGGUGGUGCCAUCGGAUGCUCAGCAGGCCAGAGCCAUGGUGGACAUUGUCAAGAGAUACAACUGGAGCUACGUCUCUGCCAUCCACACAGAGGGUAACUACGGGGAGAGUGGGAUGGAGGCGUUCAAGGAUAUGGCUGCCAAGGAGGGCAUCUGCAUCGCCCACUCUGGUAAGAUCUGGAGCAACGCAGGGGAGAAGAGUUUUGAUAGGCUGCUGGAGCGUCUCAGAGCCCACCUGCCCAAGGCCAGGGUGGUAGCCUGUUUCUGUGAGGGCAUGACAGUCAGGAACAUCCUCAUGGCCAUGAGACGACAGGGACUGGUGGGGGAGUUCCUACUGGUUGGCAGUGAUGGCUGGGCGGACCGGUACGAUGUGACAGAUGGGUACGUGCGCGAGGCGGCGGGCGGAAUCACCAUCAAGCUGCAGUCAGCUGAUGUGAAGUGGUUUGAUGAGUACUACCUGAAGCUGCGGCCGGACAACAACCUGAGAAACCCCUGGUUCCCUGAGUUCUGGCAACACCGCUUCCACUGUAGGUUGAAGGGACACCCACAGGAGAGCCUCAAGUUCAACCGUACUUGCAACAAGCGGGAGUCAUUGCGACAGCAGUAUGCCCAAGACACUAAGAUGGGCUUUGUGAUCAAUGCCAUCUACUCCAUGGCCUAUGGGCUCCAUAACAUGCAGCGCUCACUGUGCCCAGGCUAUCAGGGGCUGUGUGACGCAAUGAGACCAAUAGAUGGCGCUACACUGCUGGACUUCCUGAUGAAGACCAACUUCACAGGCGUGUCUGGAGAGGGCAUCCUGUUUGACGAGAACGGAGACUCACCUGGCCGAUAUGAGAUCAUGAACUUUAAGAAGAUGGGCAAGGACUACUAUGACUAUAUUAACGUAGGGAGCUGGGACAACAGUGGGCUGAAGAUCGAUGACGAUGAAAUCUGGGCCAGCAAGGACACCAUCAUCAAAUCAGUCUGCAGCGAACCCUGUGACAAGGGACAGAUAAAGGUGAUCCGUAAAGGAGAGGUGAGCUGCUGCUGGACCUGCACUCCCUGUAAGGAGAAUGAGUUUGUGUCUGAUGAGUACACCUGUCGAGCCUGUGACCUGGGCUCCUGGCCCACCUUCCACCUCACAGGCUGUGACCCUAUCCCAGUGGAGUACCUGCGCUGGGGGGACCCAGAGCCCAUCGCUGCUGUGGUCUUUGCCUGUCUGGGACUUUGUGCCACCUUCUUCGUCACCUCCGUCUUCAUCAGGUUCCGGGACACUCCGGUGGUGAAGUCGUCUAGCCGAGAGCUGUGUUACAUCAUCCUGGCUGGGAUCUGUCUGGGUUAUCUGUGUACCUUCAGUCUCAUCGCCAAGCCCCAUGCUGCACACUGCUACCUACAGAGACUGGGCAUAGGCCUGUCACCUGCCAUGAGCUACUCUGCCCUGGUCACCAAGACUAACCGUAUAGCUCGUAUCCUGGCUGGCAGUAAGAAGAAGAUCUGUACAAAGAAGCCCAGGUUCAUGUCUGCCUGCGCCCAGCUCAUCAUCGCCUCUCUACUCAUCCUGCUGCAGCUGGGCAUCAUAGUGGCUCUCUUCCUCAUGGAACCCCCACAGGUGAUCCACGACUACCCCAGCAUCCGGCAGGUCAACCUCAUCUGUUACACCACCAACCUGGGCGUGGUGGCGCCACUGGGUUACAAUGGCCUGCUGAUCCUGAGCUGCACCUUCUACGCCUUCAAGACGCGCAACGUCCCGGCCAACUUCAACGAGGCCAAGUACAUCGCCUUCACCAUGUACACCACCUGUAUCAUCUGGCUGGCCUUCGUGCCCAUCUACUUCGGUUCCAACUACAAGAUCAUCACCAUGUGCUUCAGCGUCAGCCUCAGUGCCACUGUGGCGCUCUGCUGCAUGUUCGCACCCAAGGUGUAUAUCAUCCUGGCCAAGCCAGAGCGUAACGUGCGCAGUGCCUUCACUACGAGCACGGUAGUACGCAUGCAUGUGGGCGAUGGGAAGUCCUCCUCAGCCGCCAGCCGCUCCUCCAGCCUGGCCAACCUCUGGAGGCGACGCGGCUCCGCGGGAGAGACACUCAGCUCCAAUGGAAAGUCAGUAUCUUGGGCCCAGACGGAGCGCGGUUCCCGUGGAAACCACCUGUGGCAGCGCCUGUCGUUCCACAUCAAGAGGAAGGAGAAUAACCAGACAGCUGUCAUCAAGCCCUUCUCCAAGACCCCAGAGGGGCGCUACAGUGGGGGUGCUGACCUGCUCCCCCAUAUGCCCUUGCCCUCCCUACCACACUCCCACUCUGAUGCAGACAAGACUCUGUAUGAACUCACAGAGGCAGAGGAGAGAUACCCCGAGGAGAGAUACCCAAUCACCUACCGGCCUCAGACCCCUUCACCAAUCAGCACUGUCAGCCAGCGCAUGCAUGGGGCGGGACUAAGGGAUGAGCCACUUGUCAUGGGCGUACCAAGCUACCUGACCGGGGGUUCUGUCGGCGGGGGCGAUGUGUGUGACAGUUCUCUGAUGGAUCAGAUCAGCUGCGUGGUUAACCGUUUCACUGCCAACAUCAGCGAGCUCAACAGCAUGAUGCUCUCCCCGUCUCCCACACACUCACACACACACUCUCACACACACGCCCACACACACACCCUGACACCCUCCCACCAUGCAGACCCCUUCCUCCUCCCCCGGGAGAUCCCCCUCCCCCCCACCAUGACCACAUACGCUGACGUCCAGCCCAUCCCCCCUGUAGAGACCAACAUAGGUGGAUGCGCCUGCCUCGCUCACCCCCUGCCUCACUCCCCUCACCGUCUCCCUCAUCCUCACCCUCAGCCUCAGCCUCACCCCCUGCCUCACUCCCCUCACCGUCUCCCUCACCCUCACCCUCAGCCUCACCCCCUGCCUCACCCUCACCCCCUGCCUCACCCUCAGGCCUCCCCAUCUCCAGUGCGACAUCGCACUGCGGGGGCGGGGUCCCCUUUAAGGAGGGCAGAGCUGGAAGAGGAGCUAAUGAAUCUGACCCCGCCCUCGCCCUUCCGUGAUUCGCUGGGGUCGGGCAGUGGCUCCCCGGUCUCAGAGUCCACCCUGUGUCUGCCCCCGCCCUCGUCCCCUCCGCCCAAAUACGAAAUGCUGACCCUGAGAAACUACAGCCAGAGCUCUUCCUCACUGUGAGAGAAGGAUGAGAGGAGAUGAGGAGAGGAGGAGGAGAGUGAAAGGACAGAGACGGAGAGGGGGACAGAGAAAGAACAGUCUCUUGGGGGAGAAAAUGGAGACGGCUGCCUUGUGAUAGCGGGGGAACGAGAGAAGAUUGGCCAGAUCCUCAGAGAGGUGAAAGCCCUGUGAGAUGGAGCGACAGGAACAGGACACAUCAUCGUGUGAUUUGAUUGGACGGUGACCUGCAGUGUUUGUGUUUACAUGUGUUCAGUUAGCAGCGAGGUGAAGUAUAAUAAAGUAUAAUGAAAUAUAAUGAAGUAUAAUUUAGGCAUCCAAAGGGAGAACAAGGACUACAAAAAAAUACUUUAACGUUCUGGUGUUCAAAAGUAUGGCCGUAAGUCUCUCCUUAGAGGUGUGUUUGGUCUUUCCUUUGGUAGUGGCCUUAAACUAAAACGGCUGUCAACUAAUUAGAGAUGUUUAUUGUGGUAGGGGGCACCUGCAUAGACACAUGUGGACCUACUGAGUGUCUAAGAACCUCUAACCUUACAGGACUGACCAGCUGCUGCCAUGGACACAUGGAAUAACUAUAAGGGCUGGGCAGAGCAGCUAUGGCCACUGGCGCCCCAACGCACGCACGCACGCACACACGCACGCACGCACGCACGCACGCACGCACGCACGCACACGCACGCACACACACACACACACACACACACACACACACACACACACACACACACACACACACACACACACACACACACACACACACACACACACACACACACACACACACAAACACGUACAUAUUGGCUGAUGUGGGGAAAAGUGUAAAUACAAAAAGAUCUUGGAUGGAAUCCAAAUAUCAGAUGCUUCUGUUUAUACAUACCAUGUAUAGUAUGAAAUACUGAACAACUGUCUUAGUAUUGAUUUUCUCUCUCUCUCUCUCUCUUUCCCUAUUUCUCUCUCUCUUUCUCUCUCUUUCUCUCUCUCUCUCUCUCUCUCUCUCCCUCUUUCUUGCUCUCUCUCUCUCUCUCUCUUACUCUCUCUCUCUCUGUGUUUCUUUGAUAUUUGAGGUCUUUUGGACAAUUAUUUACUUCAGAAGUUUGAAUGUAUAAUAUUUUCUACAUGAUUCCUGAAGCUUUGGGACCAAACAUUCCACACCUCAGUGUCUGUGAUUCUGAGGAGACAUUCUACUAAACUAACCAGUAUUGAACAGUUAUACAGUAGUCAGUAACGUGCUAGAAAACUAUCCUGAUUCAAGUAGUAAAAUCAAUCAAUCAAACUAAAGUGAACUAGACAUGCAGGCAAUGUUCCCUCAAAAACAUGUAGGCGCUGAGCAAAUUUCUGGUCUGCUGAGCGCAAACUUGAACAUUGUUAAAAUUCUGUAAAACUUCCAGCCGGCGUUUACUGUUUAAAUGACAGUUUUCACAGUGGCCAAGUAGGCUACAAUAUGUUGUUGAGUUGUUUGAUGCAAGAAACCACUUCACAAAAUAAAAUGCAUUAUUAUUCCCAUACUAUUCUUACAGAGAAUCAGACAAAUUAUGCUUCCCUCUCCCUAUUGGCUACUUAGAUUAUUCAAGCCUGUCUCAAAAUACAACACUGCCCCUUUAAGACAAAACAAGGCUCUUUAGAUGUCUAGAAAUGUACAUGAUUUGUGCUCAAUCACUCCCCUGCUGCUGUCUAAAAAUGAUCUAGAACCUAAUAACUCACUAACUAGCAAAUAAUAUGAACAAAAUGUGCACGUGUGACUACAUGUCUCUCUCACUUUGAUCUCAACAAGCUCACCUACUCACCACCACUCAUGCUGUACAUGCUGUAAACACAGUCCAGUUCAAUGUAAAUGGCACAGAACCAUAUAUGGCAAUGGUCUAUUUGCAUAUCGACCUACUGCAGCUCUGAUUAGUUAUGACACACUGGUCUGUGUACAGUUGUGGCCAAAGGUUUUGAGAAUGAUACAAAUAUUAAUUUUCACAAAGUCUGCUGCCUCAGUUUGUAUGAUGGCAAUUUGCAUAUACUCCAGAAUGUCAUGAAGGGUGAUAAGAUGAAUUGCAAUUAAUGGCAAAGUCCCUCUUUGCCAUGCAAAUGAAUUGAAUCCCCCAAAAAUAUUUCCACUGGAUUUCAGCUCUGCCACAAAAAGACCAGCUGACAUCCUGUCAGUGAUUCUCUUGUUAACACAGGUGUGAGUGUUGACGAGGACAAGGCUGGAGGCCGAAUGUUCUUCCUCUGUCAAACAUGGUACCUGCAAGGAAACAUGUGCCAUUGCAUCUAAAUCAACAAUUUAUCGGAUCAUCAAGAACUUGAAGGAGAGCGGUUCAAUUGUUGUGAAGAAGGCUUCAGGGCGCCCAAGAAAGUCCAGCAAGUGCCAGGACCGUCUCCUACAGUUGAUUCAGCUGCGGGAUCGGGGCACCACCAGUACAGAGCUCGCUCAGGAAUGGCAGCAGGGAGGUGUGAGUGCAUCUGCACGCACAGUGAGGCAAAGACUUUUGGAGGAUGGCCUGGUGUUAAGAAGGGCAGCAAAGAAGACACUUCUCUCCAGGAGAAACAUCAGGGACAGACUGAUAUUCUACAAAAGGUACAGGGAUUGGACUGAUGAGGACUGGGGUAAAGUCAUUUUCUCUGAUGAAUCCCCUUUCCGAUUGUUUGGGGCAUCCGGAAAAAAGCUUGUCCAGAGAAGACAAGGUGAGCGCUACCAUCAGUCCUGUCAUACCAACAGUAAAGCAUCCUGAGACCAUUCAUGUGUGGGGUUGCUUCUCAGCCAAGGGAGUGGGCUCACUCACAAUUUUGCCUAAGAACACAGCCAUGAAUAAAGAAUGGUACCAACACAUCCUCUGAGAGCAACUUCUCCCAACCAUCCAGGAACAGUUUGGUGGUGAACAAUGGCUUUUCCAGCAUGAUGGAACACCUUGCCACAAGGCGAAAGUGAUAACUAAGUGGCUUGGGGAACAAAACAUUUAUAUUUUGGGUCCAUAGCCAGGAAACUCACCAGACCGUAUUAAUCCCAUUGAGAACUUGUGGUCAAUCCUCAAGAGGCGGGUGGACAAACAAAACCCCACAAAUUCUGACAAACUCCAAGCAUUUUGCAAGAAUGGGCUGCCAUCAGUCAGGAUGUGGACCAGAAGUUAAUUGACAGCAUGCCAGGGAGGAUUGUAGAGGUCUUGAAAAAGAAGGAUCAACACUGCAAAUAUUGACUCUUUGCAUCAACUUCACGUAAUUGUCAAUAAAAGCCUUUGACACUUAUGAAAUGCUUGUAAUUAUACUUCAGUAUUCCAUAGUAACAUCUGACAAAAAUAUCUAAAGACACUGAAGCAGACACUGAAGCAGACACUGAAGCAGACACUGAAGCAGACACUGAAGCAGACACUGAAGCAGACACUGAAGCAGACACUGAAGCAGCAGACUUUGUUGAAUGACUGUAGAGUACAGGUUGAGUAGUGCGUGUCAAUAGAAUCCUACUUCGACGUGUUCUGCCAACAACAUCUCUUUCAUAGCUUGUUUUGUUUCAGUAUGUUGCAUUGCAAGUGGCUAAUAUUGCCUUGAUUCAAUCACAAUUGCCACAGUAAAGGAAAACAUUGACAGUGUUAACAGGGAAAACUCUGGAACAGUGGUCACUAACCUUAUCUGAGUCAAGAUCACUUUCUGAGUCAAAAUGCAAGCUGAGAUCGACCACUCUGAUUUUUUAUUAACAUGACUUAAAAAACGUAACCCUAUGCAACAUUAACCAAUUAAAAACAGUUCUGAAGCAAUGAGGUUUGUGCUAUAAACUAUAGGCCCAAUACAUUAUCACCACAUAUUGGCUUUGCUUGAAUUUACCUGCCAAUGCAUUGUUGUUCGGGACAUUUUUUAAAAUUAUAUUUCAAAAUUGGGGCUAGACUGUAUGAUCACACCGGUAAUAGGUCCGUUGUUGUAUUACUUGUGAGACACAACUAAGUGAGCAUUAAUUUAAAUAAUUCGCUUUUUAUUUUCUAUUUUACUGGGCUGAUGGUGCCUCCAUCUGAUGGUCAGUCUCAGAGGAGGGAGAGAGCAGCAGACUGAGGGUCCAUCUCUCAACAUCCUUCCUCUCUCCCUUUCCUCCACUGACACUGACCAAAAAGGGACACCGUCUUCCAGCUGAUGGCGAAACUCGAGUCGCACCGCAUUAUUUCUGCCUCAUGCACAAAUUCAUGUUGUCACUCCUAUGAACAGAGAAAGUGAAAUAUUCCAUGACAUUUAAAAAAGACCCAAGCCACUAAUAAUAAUAAUAACAACACAAGCCUGUAGACACAAUUUCCACCUCAUUCAUUACUGCUGCAGUGCUUGUUGUAGCACUGAGUGGAAAUAGGAAGAAUGUGCAUUUUAUGUCUUAUAAAAGUGUUGACAGUGCUGAGUAAGAACUUAAACAUGAACUCAUAAAAACAGCAGCUCUUUGCUGUAUUCGUUGACCGUCUCUCUCUAGUCAGGGUUUUAAACGUUUUGAAAUCUCACAGUAUCAACUUUUCAGUAGCUUUCUUUAUGCCUGCUACAUUACUGCAGACUCAGUCUUCUGAGCAAUCUGAUUGGCCAGCGGUAGACCUAUAGUGCAUUUGAUUUCCUCUCUGGGCCUGCUGGGAAGAAAACGUUUGUACCUCAGACACAUUAAAUGGUUCAAAUGGCAACAGUUUGUCUACCCAGCACUCAGGGCAGCUGAAUCGGGUGCACCUAUCGCCUCAAAAAUAUAGGAACACAAGGCUUUAUCAUUGGGUUUUUUACAGAAAUGUUUGGUGAUCGACUAGGAAUGCCUUGGAGAUCGACCAGUCAAUCUUGAUCGACCGGUUGGUGACCACUGCUCUAGAAAGUUGAGUAAAGUUCAACCUCGUGCUACUCUCUGUGGGCUGAUAUUUCUUCUGAGUGGCAGUCUCAGGGGAGCUGCACGGCAGUCUCAGGGGAGCUGCACGGCGGUCUCAGGGGAGCUGCACGGCAGUCUGCGCACCAACACACACUCAUUGCACCCAGCCCCCUGUCUAAGACUGAUGUCUGAAGUCAUGUUUGCUUCAUGCUGUCAGAAGGGCUUGUAGAUGUUACGGCACACUGAUUUAGCGCUGUGUAUCCCCUCUGGCUCUAGAGCUAGGUGGGCCAGAAUGAGAAUAUUUGUGAGAUCCAGAGGAAUUUUGCAGAAACAGAUCCACUUCUGGUAUAACAAUGUGUGUGACUUUGUAGCAGGUUGGUAUUUAUUUGUCCUGGAGUCAGAAAUACGUGAUUUCCCCUUAUAUAUGCCAGCUGCAAAUGUAGGUUUAAAAUGAGAUUUGAUGACUGUGUCUGUGCCAGCUAGUGACCACGCCGCAGAGCUGCCUCCAGAACAAGAGUCAUAACGAAAAACACUAACCUGCCAGCCACAAAGUCAUAAAAGCUGAUUUAGAAACCUCAACCUAACCUUGACCAGACUAUUAAGCCUAACGUGUAAUCUUUAAAUUAUGACCAAAAAGCUCUUCUUUAUUUUUGUUUCCCAUUUUGACUGGCCCAUCGAGCACAAAUCUCUCACUUCUGCCUCCAGGGCAAGAUUCAUGACAAUAAACGUCUACCUGUGACUUGGUACCAUUGUUCACUUAGACACGGGCCAGUAGAGAGAACAGCUUCUCUCAGACAUACUGGUUCUGUACAUAACAAGGGCAUGCAAUGACAGAUCCUAAAAUUAUAUUUACAUUUACAUAUCAAAAAGGUAAAAAAAAAAAAAAAGAUUUACAAAAAUAAAUGUUUUUCAAAUUAUGAUUAUGUUGUGACAUAUACAGUACCAAUAUGACAAAAAAAAUGGUGUUACAUUGAAUGUGAGAGUGUAGGUUACUAUUCAAAUGUCAAAUGUCAAAAAUACAGAAAUACAUUAAAA